AUGAAUCAGGGCUCAAAUCCAACAAAUAUUGCAGAAGUUAGAAGAUGUCCUAAUAAGUUAAAUUUACAUACCGGAAAACAUACAAAUCGACAAACAAAUGUAAAUAUAACAUGUGCGGAUUCUAUUUUAACUUGGUGUACAGAGAAUCAAAUUGAAUUAUCAGAAUGUUCAUGGACAAUAGGAACAUUUCGAAAUCAUUUUUAUAACAUAGCAGCUUUAAUCAGUCGACCAUAUCCUGAUUCAAUGAAUAAUAAUAGUGGACUAGCAUUCAUUCGAUUAGGAGAUGGAGAAAUGAAACUUUUAUUUGGAGUUUCAGUUAAGUCUAUUGACCCAUGGUCGUGGCCUGGCGGUCAAUCAAGAUUAGGAAAAGAUUUAAGAAAAGCAUUGCAUUAUCCGAAAUAUCAAUAUAAUACAUUUAGUCCAUUUUAUUAUGGAAUUUAUGAUGCUAAAGAUAUUUGUCCUUUUCAUGAACUUCUCUCAAUGAAUUAUCAGCAUCCAAAAUAUUUAACAUAUACAAAUUUAUUUGUCAAUUCUAAUUAUCCUUCUACGAAAUUAUUACAUCAUAAUCACUUAUUCGAGAUCAUCGAAAAAAGAUUAUUCUAA